UUGUCAGUUUCCCAAACACAGCGGACGAGCGUUGUGUGUCUAACGGAGACACUUUGAUUCACAGAAGAAAAAGAAUAUAUAUAUAUAAACACACACAUAUAUAUAUAUAUCCGUAUUUUUCAGAAGCAGGCGGAGGGCAGAGUGCGAGCCAUGCCAAGCUGUCACUGGACUAACAGAGCUGACAGUGGGACUCUAUGUUGAGGAUUGUCCGUUGAGCCCUUGAACUGACCGGAAGCCCACUGACAUUCUCCUUUGGCUUUUACUGGAAGGCGUUUUUCGGCAAUGGGGAGAAAGAAGAUCCAGAUCACCCGGAUCGUCGAUGAGAGAAACCGGCAGGUGACAUUCAUGAAGAGGAAGUUUGGCCUGAUGAAGAAGGCCUAUGAGCUGAGCGUCCUGUGUGACUGUGAAAUCGCCCUGAUCAUCUUCAACAGCUCCAACAAGCUGUUCCAGUACGCCAGCACCGACAUGGACAAGGUCCUGCUGAAGUACACGGAGUACAACGAACCCCACGAGAGCAGGACCAACUCUGACAUUGUGGAGGCCCUGAACAAGAAGGAGCACAGAGGCUGCGACAGCCCUGACGGCGAGGCCUCCUACGUCCUCACCCCCAGUACCGAGGAGAAGUACAAGAAGAUUAAUGAGGAAUUUGACAACAUGAUGAAGAGUCAUAAAAUUCCCACAGGCCUUCCACAGCAGAACUUCAUGCAUGUAGCACCGGGCAGCAUGUCGUACGGCCCUGGUGCAGGAGGAGGAGGAGGAGGAGGAGGAGGAGGAGGGGUGACUUCCCAGGCUCUCGCUGCCGCUCUGGCUGACAGCGGGGUCCUCUCCGCGCACCACUCACACCUCCACAGGAACUCUCCACAAAGGCCUCCCAGCACUGGAAACACAGGUGUGUGCGAGUGCUCCAUAUUCCGGGGUGGCCUGCAGGCCAGUUCCGAUCUGACUCUGCACAAUGGAUCUGCGUCAGUUGCGAAUGGUUUUGUGAGCUCACCUGCUGGAAGCAGUUUGGGGAAGAUCAUCCAGCCCAAAUCUCCUCCUCCUCCUCUCCCACCUCCUGGGAACAGCCUGGUCCCCGCCAACCGCAAGAGUGAUCUGCGAGUGGUCAUACCCCAGUCCAAAGGGAUGAUGCAAACACUGAGCAACCAGAGGCUGAGCAGCAGUCAGUCCAACCAGCCUCUGUCCACCCCAGUGGUCUCCAUCACCACUCCCAGUCUGCCUCACCAAAGUCUGUUCUACUCCGGCAUCAGCUCUGCCUACAACAAUGAUUACUCCCUGAACAGUGCAGAGCUGUCGGGCUUCGGCUCGCCCGCAGGCCCGCCUCUGGGCUCCAUGGCAGCAUGGCAGCAACACCAGCUGGCCUCACUGGGGCCGGGGCGCUCCAGUCUCUCCAUCAACACCAACCACAACGUCAACAUCAAAGCGGAGCCCAUCUCCCCGCCCCGUGACCACCUCAGCCAGUCCGCGUACAUGACCCAGGCUCACGCCCUUCCUCCUCCUCACUCCUCCAAUUCCUCAUCCGGCCGAGCAGAGAUGGGGAGGUCUCCUGCAGACAGUGUCAGCUCCUCCUGCAGCUCCCACGAGGGCGGCAGUGACCGGGAGGAGCAGCAGCAGCAGCAGCAGCAGCAGCAGCAGCAGCGGACGGACUUCCACUUGCUCGCUGUGAGUCAGUCAGAGGGCGGGGAGAGUCCGACGGUCAAACGAAUGCGAAUGGACAGCUGGGUGACAUAGGCCCCGCCGUCACGGGGCGAUACGACAUCAGGGCAAACCCAGGAAGGACACUGUUAUGCAAACGAAAUGUAGAUUUUAUCGAUGUGUUCCGUUUAUUUUUCAUUAAGUUAUCUCGGUUUUUUGCUGUUGUUGUCAGUCAGAUCUUUGAGAAGGAUGAAGCCACAUCCGUCAGAAAACAUCCAAACAACGUCGAGAAAUCUUCAGCGGUACUUACAGAGACUCAGACAUAAUAUGCCGUCCUUUUUGAAAUACAUAUUAUUUUGAGCCUUGCAGAGUGAAAGUGUGGGUCCAAUUGCAGUACGAUCGCUCAUUUUCUUAUCCAGUGGGAUGCAGUGAAGUGCACAGAAGAGCGUGAGCUUGGCGUCAUGUGUCUCAUCUUGUUCAUGAUUUGGGUGGUAAAGCAUCGAAGAGCUUACGGAUGUCCCCCACUGGGUGUCACCAAAAUGAAUUUCUGAUCUUCUCAGGGUUUGAGACAUUUGAGUCCAGCAUGAAAAGCAAUAUUCCCUCCCCAUCACCACCGCUGUAACUUCUCUUCACAAAAACACGUAUUUAUAUCAGCCAAAGCAGUACGCUGAUUUUUUGGUUUGUUUGUGUUUUUAUAUUGUGCACAGAAUAAGACAAUAUUACAUUCAGAUUUAAAACUGAAAGCCAUGGACACUUGUUUUGUGUUCUACAGAAAAAUGUCUCUAUUGUUUUGUAUAUAGCGUCUUUAAUAUAUAUCACUUUUUUGUUGUAACAAUAUAUUGUUAAUCUGUCUGUCGUAUCUGCCUGGGUGAAAUAUAACACCUCCACCAGAGUUUACAAAAAAAAGGAUAUUUUUCUGGAUGAUUGCCAUAUUCACAAGGCAUUGUCCUGUCCUUUCUCAUCAACUGUCUGUUGGAUAAAUAUGUUUUGUGAAGUAUGCCAUGCUCAUGUUGCACUAUCUUGAUCAUCAACAUCUGCCCACCCCCAAAAGCUAUUGCACUCCAGAAAACAUAUUUUAAUGAAUUAAAGAAAUCUCGCUCCUGA